AGAGAUGAGGGAUGCACUGCAGGGCUUAACCACCGCCUGACCUCUUCAUUCAUCCAUCCAUCCAUCCAUCCCCAAAGUCUCCACACAUCACUACCAUGAGUUUGAGGAUCACGCGCAGCACCCGUUCAGGUGUGCAGAGGUCUGCAGGGGGCUUCAGCAGCACGUCCAUGGGAUCCUACUCCAUCCCCCGCAUCAGCAGCGGGGCCGAGCAGAUGAUCACAGCCGUGACCGUCAACAAGAGCCUGCUCGCCCCGAUGAACGUCGCCAUCGACCCCAACAUCCAGGUCGUCCGCACCCAGGAGAAAGAGCAGAUCAAGAGCCUCAACAACCGCUUUGCAUCCUUCAUUGAUAAAGUUAGAUUCCUGGAACAGCAGAACAAAAUGCUGGAGACCAAGUGGAACCUGCUGCAGGGACAGACGUCCGCGCCCUCAACCGUUGAGCCCAUGCUGAAGUCUUACAUCCUCAACCUGGAAAAACAGCUGGAGUCGCUCAACAAUGAAAAGCUCCGGCUCGACAUGGAGAACGGUGUCAUGCACAAGAACGUUGACGACUACAAGACCAGGUACGAGCAGGAAAUCAGCAAGAGGAACGACGCUGAGACUGAGUUUGUCGUGCUGAAAAAGGAUUUGGAUUCAGGCUAUAUGUCCAAGGUGGAGCUGAACGACAAGCUGUUUAGCAUCACUGAUCAAUUCCAAUUCCUCAAGGCUAUCUAUGAUGCGGAGCUGCACGAGCUGCAGGACAGUCUGAAAGAGACAUCCGUGGUGGUGCAGAUGGACAACUCCCGCUCCCUGAAGAUGGAUCAGAUUGUAGCUGAAGUCAAGGCUCAGUAUGAGGACGUCGCUGCUCGCAGCCGUGACGAGACUGAAAGCUGGUACAAGAACAAGUUUGACCAGGCGUCUGCAGAGGCUGAACAGUAUGGCAGCGAAAUGCGCAGCACCAAGGGAGAAAUAGCUGAUCUCACUCGCUUGAUCAGCCGUCUGCAGAACGAGAUCCAGGCUGCCAAGAAACAACGGGAAAGUCUCGAGGGCCAGAUUGUGGCAGCAGAGCAGCGUGGGGAGGAGGCCGUGAAGGACGCCAAGGUUCGCAUCAGGGACCUGGAGCUGGCUCUGCAGAGGGCCAAGCAGGACAUGGCUCGCCAGCUGAGAGAGUACCAGGAGCUCAUGAACGUCAAGCUGGCCCUGGACAUAGAGAUCUCCACCUACAGGAAACUGCUGGAGGGAGAGGAGCAAAGAAUUGGACAGGACUCAGUUGUCAACAUCCAGACAGUGCCCACCAAAGCCAUCACGGUAAAGACCCACCAGCGGCGUCGUUCAGGUCCACUUUACAUCAAGACAAUGGAGACCCUCGACAGAUCAUACAACAAGAACUAAAAGCCCACAUGGAGCUCUCAACUGCUGAAUCUCUGCGAUUAGAAACUGUGACUCUUACCUUUAUGACCUCUGUAACCUGCAAUAAAAUAUCUGCACAUAUGGGCCAAACGUAUGUUUGUUUACUCUGAUUUAAUGGUAUCUUCCAUUGAUUUACAGGAUUCAGUUGUAGCACAAUCAGUAGAAACUAAGCUGGGCGUAAAGGCAGUGUAAAGAAAUUCAAAAAAUCUAAAUAUUAUUUACCCUGCUGUGCAAAAAAUAAACAUACUUCACAACAUCA